UGUACUUCACGCGCACCACAAACGAGUGAAAAGUGCGCAAUUAACAAACAACUACAGAGAGUCAUCAGUCAGUCCUCGUUAGACCGCACCCAAAUUAAAAACAGUCCUCAAAAACCCUAAAAAAAUCAAAUUCCCCACUGAGAAAAAAAAAAAAGAAAAAAAAUCACAUUUUUCUAUUCACAUAUAUUGACAAAUUUGGGUAUUGACAAUUGAGUCAGAUCCCUUGUGAUUUGCCCUAAUUAAACAAUUUUUUUAAUUUUUGAUUUUUCGCAGAGGGAGAAAAAGAAAGUCAGCUCUUCGUUUCACUGAUUUGAAAUUGGAGUAAGUGUACUUUACUCUUUUUCUUUAUUGCGUGCUUCUCUGGUUUCUAGUGCCUGUAAUCAAUCAGUGACGACACCGUUUUUUAGAGAGAGAGAAAAAAAGGGCAAUACUUUAUUAUUUGGGGGAAGUUUGAUUUUUGAUUCCCCUUUUCUUUACCAACAGUUGCUUUGCUUCAAUUAAAUUUGCAGCUUAGGGAUCUGAAAUCCAUGGGGGCGUAGCUUCGAUUACAAGUUGUUGUCUGGGGUUUAUCUUUCUGUUGGAAUUGGAGGUGAGAUAAUCUCUCUAUUUUUUUUAACCUAGCUGUGAAGUGGUUGUUUCUGAAUCAAUUUUUUUUUGGGGUUUUUUUUUAAUUGUAGUGGGAUUUCUGCAGUGAUCAUUGCUUCUGUUGCAAGUUGAUAGCUGAAUCAUCUCUCUCUCUCUCUCUCUCUCUCUCUCUCUUUCUAAAUCUCUCUCUCUCUUGAUUUUACCAUAUAGUCCUGGAUCAGACAACCAAAUUUGCUCAGUUCAAGGAUUGAAUCCCUGAUUUUGUUGUCUAGGGAUUGGGAAAUCAUGUGGGGAGACAAGGGAUAUCAUAUGUUUAUUGGGUGGUUGAUGUGAGAUGCAACGUCUGCAUAUUUUUCGAUUUUUGAGGAGCUUUUGCAAAGGGGUAAAUCUUUCUGAAAUUUGUCCGAUAAGUAGUUUAUGGUGUUUUUAUCGCCCUCGAUUUUGAGCUGCUAAUCUCCUCACGAGUCCAUUAAUGGUGGUCCGGGAAUUUCUCCGUAUGACUUUCUUGAAUUUGGCAUUCUUGGCUUGGUUUUUCUGUUUAUCGUUCGGUCUUGCGGUUCCUACAUUAAAUUGCAAUCCGAACGAUUUUUCGGCAUUGAAGGAAUUUGCAGACCAACUGAUCAACGGUUCUGUAAAACUUUCUUGGUCGAAUGGAACCGAUUGCUGCAAAUGGGAAGGUGUUGUGUGCGAAGAUGAUAUUGGAAAUAAAUCAGCAUCUAAAAGAGUGACCAUGUUGAGGUUGUCCGAGAAGGGCUUAAAGGGUAAAGUUUCGAAGUCUUUGACCAAAUUGGAUCGACUGAAGUCGCUCGAUCUUUCACACAAUUCCCUCGAAGGCGAACUGCCCUUCGAACUCUCCAACCUGAAGAUGCUCGAAAUUCUUGAUUUCAGCCACAACACUUUGGUGGGGCCCGCAUUAGUUUCGAUUGCUGGAUUGAAAUCAAUUCGAUCACUCAACCUCUCUUGCAAUUCCUUCAAUGGGAACCUCUCCGAAUUUCGAGCAUUUCCCAAUCUCGUGGCUUUCAACAUAAGUGACAAUUCGUUCGACGGUCAAAUCAGCUUUGAAUUCUGCUGUUUCUCGAAGAACAUUCAGGUUCUUGAUUUAUCAUCAAAUCAAUUGACCGGUCAACUUCCAAGCCUGGAAAAUUGCAGCACAAAUCUCCGGCAGCUCCACCUUGAUUACAAUUCUCUCUCGGGUGACCUACCCGAAUCUCUAUACUCGUUAUCUUUAUUAGAGCAGCUUUCGUUGUCUUCAAAUAAUUUCUCUGGACAGAUAAACCUCAAAAUCAGUAAACUCCCCAAUCUCAAAACCCUAGUCCUAUGUGGGAAUCAGUUUUCCGGGUAUUUGCCUAAUGUUUUCGGUAAUUUAACCGAACUAGAACAACUCACCGCACAUUCGAAUUCAUUCUCCGGUCCACUGCCUUCGAGUCUAUCAACAUGCUCUCAUCUUCGAGUUCUUGAUCUUCGAAACAACUCUUUUUCGGGCCCAAUUAAUCUUGAUUUUUCUCGAUUGUCAAAUCUGUGCACUCUCGAUCUUGCUAGCAAUCAUUUAUCUGGUCCUUUACCAGAAUCACUAUCCAAUUGCCAAGAACUGAAAAUCUUGAGCCUUGCCAAGAACAAUUUCUCCGGCAAAAUUCCUUUUCAGUACGCUAAUCUUUCGUCCCUUAUAUCUCUUUCGAUAUCGAACAACAGCCUUGUUAAUCUAUCCGAGUCUUUAUCAGUCUUGAAAAACUGCAAGAAUCUAACCACUCUCAUACUCGCUAAAAAUUUCCGCGGUGAAAAAAUCCCAGAAAAUGUCACUGGAUUCGAGAGUUUAUUAAUUUUCGCCCUCGGGAAUUGCGGUCUUUACGGUCAAAUCCCAAAUUGGUUACUAAAUAGUCGGAAAUUGCAAGUGCUCGACUUGUCUUGGAACCAUCUAGAAGGCAGUAUUCCUCCAUGGAUUGGCCGUAUGGAAGGUUUGUUCUAUCUCGAUUUUUCGAAUAAUUCGCUUUCGGGCGAAAUUCCAAAGGGUAUAACCGAACUAAGAAGCCUAAUUUCUGCAAAGAGUUACGCCUCGAGCCUGAACAGUUCAACAGGUAUCCCACUUUUCGUGAAGAGAAAUCAGAGCGCAACUGGUUUACAGUACAAUCAAGCCUCGAGUUUCCCUCCUUCGAUUCUUUUGAGCAAUAACCGAAUAAACGGCACAAUUUGGCCUGAAAUCGGACGGCUAAAACAGCUCCAUGUAUUGGAUUUGAGCAGGAACAAUAUAAGUGGGACCAUACCGAGUUCAAUUUCGAAUAUGGUGAAUCUCGAGACUUUGGAUUUGUCAUACAACGAUCUGCAUGGUUCAAUUCCGUCGUCUUUCAAUCAGCUCACUUUCCUCUCAAAGUUCAGCGUAGCUAAUAACCAUCUCGAGGGGGCCAUUCCAACGGGGGGCCAAUUCUUGAGCUUUCCCACUUCGAGUUACGAGGGUAAUCUCGGACUUUGCGGGAAUCUAAUUUCUCCGUGCGCUAUAAAUAGCAUGGGGGGGCUACGGCCCCCUACUCCAUCUCGGGGAGAAAAUAGUAAAUUCGGACGGAGUAGUAUACUCGGAGUGACUAUUAGUAUUGGAGUGGGAAUCGCGGUGCUAUUGGCUGUUCUUUUGAUUAGGGUUUCGAGAAAAGAUAAUCGAGCUCCGGUCGAAGAUUUGGAGGAGGAGGAAGACAGUAGAACUACCGGACAACCUAAGAUGGUGAUUUUCAAGAAUGCGGAUUUUAAGGAUCUAACGGUCUCGGAUUUAUUAAAAUCGACGAAUAAUUUCAGCCAAUCGAACAUCGUGGGGUGUGGUGGAUUUGGAUUAGUUUACAGAGCCGAUUUUCCGAACGGGGCAAAAGCUGCGGUGAAGAGACUUUCGGGCGAUUGUGGGCAAAUGGAACGGGAAUUUCGAGCCGAAGUGGAAGCUCUAUCUCGUGCACAGCAUAAAAACCUCGUUUCACUACAAGGGUACUGCAUAUAUAGAAAUGAUAGGCUUCUAAUUUACUCGUACAUGGAAAAUGGGAGCUUGGAUUAUUGGCUGCACGAGCAAAUCGAAGACGGUUCGUUUCUUGAUUGGGAGAAAAGAUUGAAAAUUGCUCGUGGGGCAGCUUGUGGAUUGGCUUAUUUACACAACGAGCCGAAUAUUGUUCAUAGGGAUAUUAAAACGAGCAAUAUUUUAUUGAACGAGAAAUUCGACGCACAUUUAGCGGAUUUUGGGCUUUCGAGAUUGUUGCACCCUUACGACACGCAUGUGACUACCGAUUUGGUGGGGACUUUGGGGUAUAUUCCGCCGGAGUAUAGCCAGAGUUUGGCCGCGACUUUUAGGGGAGAUGUUUAUAGCUUCGGGAUUGUGCUUUUGGAGCUUAUAACGGGGCGGAGGCCCGUCGAGGUUUGUAAAGGGAAGAAUUGUAGGGAUUUGGUGGGGUGGGUUUAUUUGAAGAAAUCGGAGAAGAGGGAAAUGGAGAUAUUCGAUUCGUCGGUUGUACGAGAUAAAGAGUGUGAGAAACAAGCUAUGGAGAUGCUUGAGAUUGCGUGUAGGUGUAUAGAGCGAGAUCCUAGACGAAGGCCUUCGAUUGAUGAAGUUGUUUCGUUUCUUGAAACAAUCGAGAUGGAAAAAGCUUGAUUUUUUUUUUUGUUUUUUUUUUUUCGAUUUUCAAGUGAAAUAUAUGAAUGAUAUUUGGAGAAAAAAGAAAGCUUUGGUUAUGGAUCUAUUGUUUAUAAUGUGAUUAUAUAUGUAUGAGAUAAUGAAAAAUAUUAGUGGAAAUCGGAACGGAAUUUUUCGGGUAAGCCGAUUCUUAUUUGAUUGUUCUUUUUUUUUU